GCUCGCUCGCUAAACUAACCCACCAUCAUCCCCAACCCUCCAACGAUCGCCACCUCCCCACGUCGAUUUUGCUCACUAUACAGCUUCACGGCUCCGGCUCAGCUGCAGAUUUUUGUAGAGGCUGAUUGUCGCGUUGCCGGGAAACAUUACAAAAGAUCAUUUUUGUUUCAAGUAUUAUUCGUGACUGAUGUUAAUAUAUAUAUAUAUAUAAAUAUAUUAAUAUAAAUAAAUAUAUAUUUACACACACAUAUAUAUAUGACUUGUUAUAUUUUAUAUGUGUAAUCCGACUUGUGGACUUGGUUUACUAAACGUGAUAAAAAAUAAAUAUUUCUUCUUGGUUAACUACUGAAGACUGUUACAAGAAAUCUACGAAUGAGAAGAAAAAAGUAGUUGAACUUUUAUUUUAUUGCUUUGAGGAAGGAAUUUAAUAAUUUCAUUAUUAUUAUUAUUAUUCUGUUGGUUCUUCCUCAGAUUCGUUCUCGCAUUUAAUACUUGAAACGAGUUUCAUGUCUGAUUACUCAGCUAGUAAAGCCUGAGGUGAGGUGGCGAAAAUGUUACUCUUCUUAAUUACAAACUCAAGAACUGCCUGAAUUAAAACUAAAUAUACAUAUAUAUUGUUGUUUGCAGUUACUAUAUUUUAAAGUUACGAUAUUGCUCUUACCGACUUUUCUACCGUUUGUUUUUGUUUUCAUUUUUGUUUUGUCUGUAUUCGGUAAGAAGAAAUAAAAAAAAAUUAUGCCGAGCGCCGUUAGUGUCUGUGACGGUAGCGCAUAAUAAAUAUAAUAAAUAAAUAAAAGUUAAGUUAAGUAACCAAGUGAAGUCUGGUUUACUUUAAUAAGUAGCGGUGCGCGAUAAUUAAGUGACACAAUUUAGGUGAGUGAAUAAUAAGUUGUUGCACUUGUGAAGAAGGUGAAGAAGAAAAGUGAGCGAAGAGAAGCUCCCUUCGGGAUUUAUUAUGUUAACAAACGACUAAAGUUAAAAACAAACCCGACUUAUCAAAAAUACCGGAGAGUAGAGAGGAGAGAGAGAGAGAAGAAAAUUAUUAGUAAAGUUGCAAUUAUAAUCAUAGUAAUAAUAACAGGUACUGUUUUAUUUUUUUUUUUUUCAAAUUUUUUUCGACAAAACGGGGACAUUGAAGUAAACAAAACAAAGUAAUUGAGUUGUAGUGAAAAAUAAAUUACAGGUGUGAAUGAUCACACGGGUCUUUAUCACGCUACCGUUGACGUCGACACUCUACAUAUAAUAAUAAUAAUAAUAAUAAAGUUGUGGUCAAGGAAAACAGAUACUUCAUUAAAUAAAUAAUUAAAAAUACAGACGAGUUUGAAAAAGGUGAAGAGGUAUCAUAUACACACGUAUCAGUGAACUGGGUGGGAAAACGGAUUUAUAGAAGGGGAAAUAAAAUCUGACGGUGAAGUGAACCUAGUGCUCAGGUAUAUGUUACUUCAGUUAACGGAAACGGAUUGUCACUAAAUAAUCAGUUGCUAUAUUCACUACUGUAAAACUCUACUAUUAUUAUUACUACUGUCAAUAUAUUUAUAUUGAUACUGAUAUUGUUUAUCAGAUAAAAAAAUCAGUAACUCCAUUUAUCGAUAUUCUUAAAUAAUUAGCUUUGAUUAAAGUAACACACAAUAAAUAUUAAAUAACUGUAUAUUUAAGUACUGCGAGUACUUACACAACAGCUAGAGCAACGUCAUCUCUACUACCAAGUAUUUAAUAUUUAUCCGUAUUUAAACGUCAACGUCAACGUCAACGUCUUCACCACCGGCAUAUACAAGAACACGCAAUUCCGCCAACAGCAGACUGUACAAACAAACAGGCGAGGAUACAAAAAGUCUCGUCUUCGAGAGCCAUUUAAACAAGAGUACGAAGAUCGUUAAAGCUCUUGUAACUAGAGGAUUUUAAUACCGACGACAACCGGCUGGGAAAUCCACCUGACUAUUGCACUCAGCAGUAAUAACCAUAAGAAAACUUGCAAGACAGUAAAAAAAGUGAGGAAGACAACAAAUUAUUGUCCAUUCUUGUUCUCCUUAAUUCCUCUCCAAUAGCGAAAGUCUUCCUCUUAUUUCCGCACUUUUUUAUCUUCCUCUGUUGCUCUCUCUCUCUCUCUCUCUUCUCUCUCUCCUCUCUCUCUCUAUCUCUGUAUCUCGCCUCUCUCGUUUUUCACUUUACCAUUAUCAAAAAGAGAUCCUUCCGAUUUGUCAUAUCCUCGAAAUAAUUCCCUGGUACAUAAAAAAAGCCUUCCUUCUUGCUUCUCAUUUUUAUACUCUAACCACGUACAAAGCUCAUACGUCGACGAACGGUGAGAUAAGCACAACGAAUAAUAAAUAGAAAAAAAAAAUUAAAUAACACGUAUUGUCGACAAUCGAUCUGUGGUGAGAUAUUUAAACACGUCGGACUUCGGAAACGGCUCAGUGAAAUUAAACGAAAUAAGACUUUUUAAAAAUAACCAAAGUGAGUUGGGUAAAAGUUAUCAGGCUCAAGUGCCGGGUUUAAUGUAACCGCCGCUUUGAGAAGGAACACUUGUAUUUUUAAAAAAUAUAAUAAAAGUUUAUUUAGUUUGCUGGUGAAAAGUGGCAUCACACAUUACAGACAACAGCAAAGAUAUGGCGGGUAAAAUAAUUUGGCUGAUGUGCUACAUAAGUCUUGGACUUGCAUUGACGUUGGGCAAUCAUCCUGGGUCGCAUUAUCCACACACGCAGAUAAGAUCCUCCGGACACGAUCAUCGGCUGAGAAAUGUCGAUCAGUCGAUUGAUGAUGCCAACAAAAAAUAUUCCAGUGAAUCAGAUUCAUCAUCGAGAUUUGAUGAAGAACCCUAUGAUUUACCACCAGAUUGGAAUCUCUAUGACGACCGUCAUUUCACAAGAGAUUUUAUUGAUAAUCGAUUAAAUGAUAAUUCACGUGAUUAUAUUAAUAAUAAUAAUAAUAAGAAUAAUAUUAAUAAAGGACUUGUAAAUAAAUUAACAGCUUCGGCAAUGGAUAAUACGGACACACAUAGAGACUUAAAAAGUAAAGAAAGACAUUCAAAUCAUGGUGGUAGUGAUAGUAAUAACAAUAAUAAACGUGGUUUACGUGACUCUGAUGAAAUGUCGAGUGGACAUAGCAGAAGUAGCGGUAGUGGUAGUGGAAAUAGUGGUAGUAUUAGAAAUCAAUAUGAUUUGAAUGGACGAUCAAUGGAGAGAAGAGAUAAUUUAGUAGGAGGGAGGUCGUCGUCACUUAAAAGCUCGUCGUCGGUCUGGUCCCUUGAGCCUAAUGUAGUAGUUGACUAUCCAUGGAAAAUCCAGCAGGCUAACGGUGAUAUGAGAUUACCCGCCGGGAAUACCUAUGCCAGGACAUUGGGCAAGAGAAAUCAGGUCGCAGGGGGACGGAGAAAGCCUGUAGAAUCACGUUCUACAUCCCAACAAGGACAGCCACCACCGUUCCUAGGCUCGAGUAUCCCUGAAGUUGCCAUGGGGAGCAUGGCGUCCCAGCUAAUGCUGCGAACUGCGCGUGGCAAUCGCCAGUACGAUGUUCCGCAAAUUGAGUGCCCGUCAUCAGAAGACGGGAUGGAGAGAUUUGCCUGCCCAACACCCGACAGAAUGGGCAGGUAUCGUUGCAUUGACGAUCACGUACUUUGCGACGGAUUUAUCGAUUGUCCUACUGGAGAGGACGAGGAUCGACAGGCCUGCAUGUUCUACAAAACCACAAAGGCACAUUUAGACGUACUGGCAGAGGCUUUACUGCGAUGGGUCAGAGGCCGCUAAAGAAAUCUUUGUUACUUUCUUCCUUAUCUUAUUCUACAUUUAUUAUUCAUGCUCGACUCAUUAAUUAUUGAAGAAUAAACCUCCAAGAAAACCAACAAAAAAAAACGUAAAAACUAAAAAAAAAAAAAAAAGUAUAAUAAUAUAUAUAAAAAGGAGAGACAAGAGGAAUAAAUCCAUCUUAUCAAUAAAUGUUGUACUGUGACGAGUUCAUCUAUGAUCGGUAAUAUUUCUUCUUCUACUUCUUCUACUGCUUCUUCUCUACUCGGUUGAAUAUCAUAACUCAAAUUAAUGAAAAACGUGAAAAAUGGACGAAACGUCUCAAUUGAAAAAAUUUAAAAAAUGAUAACGCUGUUUGUGCUCUCACUCAACAGACAUUUUUGUUUACAUAACAGGCUG